AAAAAAAAAAAAAUCUCUCUAAAGUAAAGACUAUAUAAAGUAUAAGAAGAAGAAACCCAAACACACACAGUCGAAGGGGGAAGACUUCCAUCUGUGUGCGCCACCAACCAACGAACGAGCCUCCCCAAAAUCAACAAUGGCGAUCGCCUUCUGCCUCUCUCCAUCUUCCUCUUCUUCCUCCUUAUCGUUCUCCAAUCUCAAUCUCCACCGUUCACUUCUAUCAUUACCAUCUUCAUCGUCUCAUCUUCACCUAAGUUUCUCCUCCCCAACCGCUAACUCCCUUGCCUACCACAACCGCCACCGUUUGUCUCAUUUUAUUGUUGCUUCCACCGGCGGCGGAGGUGGUGGUGGAUUCAACGGAAAAGGAUCUUCCGGUGGCGGUGGCGGUGGAGGUGAUGAUCACGGUCACGGUGGUGAAUCUGACGACAAUGCUGGCGGAAAGAACAGAGCGGAGGCUUUUUUGGUUCUGAAGGAAGCUGGGAGGUCUCUGGAGAGUUUGCCUAAAGACUUGGCGGCGGCGAUUGAGGCGGGGCGGAUUCCUGGAAUGGUUGUUAGUCGGUACUUUUCGCUUGAGAAGUCGGGGUUGAUCCGGUGGCUGAUGCAGUUUGCUGGAUUUAGGGAGAGGCUUUUGGCUGAUGAUUUGUUCUUGGCUAAGGUUGCUAUGGAGUGCGGCGUUGGAAUGUUUACUAAGACUGCUGCUGAGUAUGAACGCCGAAGGGAAAACUUUUUCAAUGAGCUUGAAGUUGUUUUUGCAGAUGUGGUAAUGGCCAUAAUUGCAGAUUUCAUGCUUGUUUUUCUUCCCGCUCCCACUGUUUCUCUCCGACCUGCACUUUCACUAAAUGCAGGAUUCAUUGCCAAGUUUUUCCAUAACUGCCCUGAUAACGCCUUCCAGAUUGCUUUGUCUGGAACAUCAUAUUCAUUAAUGCAGAGGAUUGGUGCCAUAGUGCGCAAUGGUACCAAGCUUUUUGCAGUUGGCACUGCUUCAUCACUGGUUGGCACAGCUGUGACAAAUGCCUUGAUUAAUGCAAAGAAGGCAGUAAAUAAGGAUGCUGCUCUUGAAGUUGAAAACGUGCCUAUAGUAUCCACCAGUGUUGCCUAUGGUGUGUACAUGGCAGUUUCUAGCAACCUCAGGUAUCAAGUACUGGCCGGUGUUAUCGAACAGCGUUUAUUGGAACCCUUACUACACCAACACAAGCUUAUGCUAAGUGCAAUGUGCUUUGCUGUUAGGACGGGCAAUACAUUCUUGGGUUCAUUAUUGUGGGUGGAUUAUGCUCGUUGGAUAGGAAUCCAGAAAUCCCAUUAAUAAGUGAGUGGGUAUGUCUUCACCGCCGUUUCUGUUUUACUUUAUUUGAAAGAAAUUAUAGAGUGAAGUUGGUCUACCCUGCCCCACUACAAGAUGUUGUAAAAGAUUGGCAAAUUGCUUAAAAAAAUUGGAUUGGCGGGGGAGUUUUGGGUGCUUAGGAUAUUCUUUGUCCUAGUACAUUUUACAGCUCGUGACUGAGCUAACACAUGUUUGGAUUAUUAGUUUCUGGUCCAUUAUGAUUUCAACCCAUUCAUGAAGAUUUGUGGUACAUUGCUACAGAAACCUGAAUUGUUGUUAUGUAUUUCCUUUAUUCUGGAAUGAAGUUUUGUAAUUAUUGAAGAGAUUAAACAUUUAUUUUGAUUGCUCCCACAAGGUCUGUGGUUCGAGUC